CAAUAGCCUUCACAGCUAUUGUGACUCUGAUAUCAGGCGGAGCACUUCUACCAAACUAUUUAUGAACUAUUUGUUAUUUCUGAGGUCAUAGACAAAACCGAACAUUGUUUUAACAUCUCACUUCCUGCUUACCUCUUUCCUCGAUUUACAGAUAAGUGAUUCUCAGUGACUUGGAUAAAUCAUGACAAUCGGCAAAAGCUCCAAGAAGCAAAAGGCUCCUCGGGCUCCUCCUUUUCUAGACCGGGCCAGUGGAUUCUAUGGACGUUUAGAUGAAAUAGAAAUAGAGUUCAGGACAGAGGUACAGAUCACAGAAGAACAACCAGCAGCAAAGCCAGCGUUAGGAGAAAUUAACAGAAAAGAGCUUGCAGACGAUCAGGAGCACUGUGUAUGUGAUUUCAGCGAGGGCAUGAUGGAGGACGACGGGACCACCCUGCUGAAGAGGAAGCCGAGCCGACUGAGCCGGCGCUGGAGCAGGAAAAGCUCAAGGAGGACCAAGACUGAUAAACCAUCACUGGAGACAGACAUCCAGAGCUCUGAAACUCAGUUGGCUUCGGCUAUUGAGUCAAGCUUGGAUGUGAACUUGGUAACUCAGCCUGACAUAGGACCAGGCAGCAGUGCUCCAGAACCCACGCUCAUCCACUUCUCCAUACAAGAGGAAGCUGAUGAUCAGAAGCUCAUUCCUGAAGGAAAAGAGAUAGAAAAGAUGAUGACGGAGAAAAUGGGAGAAAGAGAUGUGGAGGAGAAAAAAGAUGUAGACAACAUGAAGAUUGUCAAAAGGAAGUCUCUUAGGAAUUAUCACAAGGUUUUGGAUAAAGCGCUCAGACGAGGAUGGGAGACAUUUGUUGCAAACUUGUACAGUGUGACCCUCUCUCCAGUCUCCUCCCCCGUGUCCACACCAAGCAAGUCUGAAAUGGACAGGAAAGCUGCGCUGGCAGACUUUAGAUUAUAAUAAAUCUUUUAGCACCCACUUUAAAUAUAGAUACAUUUCAGUUGUUAACUGGCUGAAAAUGUGUUCAUGUAGUAAUUAUUAUUGAAAUAUUAUUUUUGUAAGCUGUAUUUAUAUAUGAUUGAUCUCCACCAGAAUAAUCUUAGUUACUAUAGUGUCUAAAAUGGAUCCUGUUUUAGAUGGUUUGUGAUAAAUAACCUGAAAAAGUAAGAUUAACAUCAUGAAAAUGCCCAUGAGGUCGUAGCUGUGGUGCUUGUAUUACUUGUAUAACUUGGUUUUGUAUCACAGAAAAAAAAAAUAUCUCACAAAACAUAAUGCAAUCGUUGUUAGAACUUGUUAUGAACUUGCUGGGAACAGUAUAAUGGAGGCAGAGGUCUUUGGUGUAAUUUGUCUUUGCUAGUGGUGAACCUGCCAUGACCACGGGACCAACGCUCGGGCACUGGGAGCUCAUACCUUCUUGGCUUUGAAGUCCAUGACUGAGCCAGCUGAGUUAUUUAUACUGAUCGUAAAACCUUUGUAAGGAGUAAAUUAACUUAUUAUAUAUUAGGACUUCAGAAAAAUAAUAAAGAUACAUUCCUUAUUAAAAAUCAGAAUCAUCAGAAUCAGAAAGAGCUUUAUUGCCAGGCAUGCUUUCACAUGCGAGGAAUUUGUUAUAGUGACAGAAGCUCCACAGUGUAGCAGAAUGACAUAUACAAUAUAGACAAAUUGUGUGUACAAAUGUACAAGUGUGAAAUGUUCAAUUGAAAUAUACAUAGUAUAUGUUUUAAAUGAAUAGUGUGUGAGAAUAGUGGGUGUUCCGUGUAUAAAUAUUCAUCAGAUGGAUUGCCUGAGGGAAGAAACUGUUCUUAUGUCUAAAUCAAAUGUUCAUUUUCUGGGAUCUUUGUUACCCACAAGUAAAUUAACUGAUAAUUUACAUACUGGACUUUAAAAUAUGUAACACAUUUAUUUAAAUAAAGGCAUUAAAACCUU